AUGGCAGCUCCUACGGAUAACAACAACAACGAUAACAACACAUUAGGUCUUCAUCUAUGCGAUCGAGCGCUCACCCCAAUUCUAUCAUCUUCCCACCAGCUCUCCCCAAAUUCUUCUACUCGACAACAAGCACAAGCACUUGCUGCGCUUACAGGAGCCUCCAUAUCCGCCUACGAUACAUCCUCAAGACUAGGCCUCGGUGUCCCCCAAAGAGCGAUGGUAGAAACCUCGGGCUCGGGCCCGAUUGCCUUGACAUCCUAUCUUCAAUCACCUGACGAGCGACCAAUUCCGGAACAUCCUCAUGACGCUCUACACAGCAUUACCAAGAACUCGAAUCCAGAGUCUGGCGAGGGAGAAGUCGGGGCGCUGGUCAAUGGGACAGGAACGAGUCCUGCAGAUUUGAGUGAGGUGGAUGGAGAAAGUAAGAGGCAGCAUGCGCCGCUGUUGGUUGCGUCGGUUGUCGCAGGGAGUUCUGUUGAGUUGAGGGAGGCGAGAAGGGCCGCAGCGAGGCUGGAGAGAAUGGGGAGGGAAUUUCAGAGGGAGUGGGUGAGGAAGCAGAGUCAGGAGGGAGACCAGACGCCUACGAGGGAAGAGGGCUGA